AUGAACCGGAAGUUGGGGAUUGCGGGGAGGGAGGGGUGGUGGAGAAGCCGGCGGUGGCGUCGCUGAUGGCGGAUUGUACGGAGGGUGGUGUUCAGGUUCUCCAUUAACGCGCCACGCAAGAUAUUUGUAAACCUUUCUGUCCAGUGAAUGGAGCGGGCAGCUUGUGUGGUGCCCUAAACCAUUAACCGCGGUUUCGUUGGUUCGAGACAUCGCGGAGUCCAUCCAGAUCGAGAGAUGUCCGGCGGCGGAGAGGCGGAGGGGGUGCAAAAUGUGGUGGUGAUGCGGCACGGCGACCGGAUCGACCACCUGGAGCCGCUCUGGGUAGCGCAGGCGCAGCGUCCUUGGGAUCCGCCGCUAGCCGACGAGGGCCGAAUCCGGGCGUGGACCGCAGGGAAGCGGCUUCGUGAUUCCGGAUUUCCGAUCCAUCGCGUCGUCGUCUCCCCCUUCCUCCGCUGCUUGCAGACAGCCGCCGAGGUCGUCCGCGCCCUCUGCUGCGUUGUCGACGACCACCAGCUCCUGCUCUCCAUGGAGACGAGCCGCGAUGCCAUCCUCGAUCCCUCUCGUGUCAAGGUUUCAAUUGAGUAUGGAUUAUGUGAGAUGCUAAACACGACAGCACUAGGCCAUAACAUAGCUCCCGAAGAUGAGAAAUGGUUUCCCCAUAUCUCUGAGCUUGAAGCCUCAUUACCAGCAGGAACAAUCGAUCAUUCUGCAGAGAGUAUAUAUAAAGAGCUGCCUCAAUGGGAAGAAUCAGUUGCCGGAGCCAGGAACAGAUACGCAACCAUAAUCCAGUCUCUGGCCGACAGAUACCCCAACGAAAACUUGUUGUUAGUUUCACACGGUGAGGCUGUUGGUACUGCGGUCGCCUCGUACGUGGAGAAUACGAUGGUUUAUGAAGCUGAAUACUGCGCUCGUUGCCAUCUGCGAAGAAACACUUUGUCGAGCUUUGAGGUGCUCAACGAGAGUGGCCAAAUGGGUGUAUUUUAUAGCAUUGCUCCCGAUUUCUCAUCUUGUUAGCUUAAAUGGUUUUAUUUGUUUGUAUAACAUUCCUUAUUUUUCAAUUGUUUGACAAUUGAUAUUAUAAAAUCAGCCUCAGUUUUUUA